AGAAAAUACAAAAAAAAUAAAAAUAAAUUAAGCAUAAAAGCCAAAUUCAUAUUAUAUAUAAAUAUGGAGCUUGCAAAACAGUGUGUUCCCCCACAAGCAUCCCCCCACCACCACCACCACCACCACUUCUACCACCACCUCCCUGUCCUCUCUCUCUCUUCUCUGGCGGCGUACGCGUAGCCGCCGCCCUCGCAGGCUCGCCCCACAAUGCAAGAAGACCAAGAAACACAGCGCUCGCUUCUCUGAGGAAGCACCCGUGAAGAAAAAUCUCACCUUUCUCGCCACUUCCCUGGCCCGAUAUCUCUCUCCCUCGCGCCCAUCUCCGGAAACAGAGGCCGACCCAUGAUUUCCACGGGCACGGCGGUGGUGGGUCCGGCGGUUUUCAGGACCGACUCGAUGGAGAGCGGCGGCUACGGCUACGGCUACGGCGGGGGCGGCGGCUACAGCCACAGGAUGAUGGAGAAGCGGCAGCUGUUCCUGAGGAGCUACCAGUUCAGCAGGAAGAGGAGCUUGAGCGAGCGGAUUCGGAGGUCGCUGCGGCGGGUCAAGCGGGUCGUCUGGUUCAGGCUCCGGUCCGUUCGCCGGUUCAGGAGGCUCGUCUGGGCCAGGCUCUGCAGAUCUGUCCGGCCUCAUGUCCACGGUCGGGGCUGUUCUUGUCUCUACUACUGCAGCGGCAGCAGAGGAAGGAGAAGAAGGUCGAACUUCUUGCGCCUCCUCAAUCCUAGCAGCAGUCACAACAGAAGCUACGACUCCUGCUUCUGGUAGUGCAACCCAAAAAAGAAAGAUGACAUUUUUUUUGCCUUUUUCCUUUGCCCUCCCUUUUUUUUUUCUCAUUUUUAGUCUUCUCUUUCUUUUGCGGUGAUGGUGAUCAGGGGAAAGGAUGGGCGCUUUGCAUGUAAGAUUGAAUCUUGGUGAUAAUUGAUAGGGAUGUGAUGAUUUGCUCUUA